AGCCGAGCACCAGUUUCCAGCCAAUGAAAUUCAGGGAAGCUGGAUUCUCUUCAGUAGCGGGUCCAUGGGCUAGCUCGUAAAAUUGAGGGAAGUUUUGGACCUCGGGGCUUUAGUGCAUCUGGCAGACCGUCCUCUGUCAGUACCUAUUCUCUGUCCAGCUGUGGUGUGCUCAGUCAGAAAGUUCAUGACGGUUGCUGACGGUGACACUUUAGCGCUCAUCAUGCCCGUCCGAGCAGAGUGCCGCAGUACCACCGCUCCGGCCUGCCCAUCCUCGGCCUCGCUUGUUCCCCCUGCCCCUAUCAACACCCACCAGCCGGGGGUGGCCACCUCGCUGUUGUACAGCGGCUCACAGUUUCGGGGUUAUCAGAAGAGCAAAGGCAACUCCUACGACGUUGAGGUUGUUUUGCAGCAUGUGACUGUGGAGGACUCAUAUUUGUGUGGAUACCUGAAGAUCAAAGGCCUGACUGAGGAGUAUCCCACUCUCACAACGUUCUUUGCUGGUGAAAUUAUCAGUCGAAAAAGGCCUUUUUUAACUAGGAAGUGGGACGCAGACGAAGAUGUGGACAGAAAGCACUGGGGCAAGUUUAAGCCUUUUUACAAAUAUGCCAAAAGCUUCAACUCGGAUGACUUUGACUAUGAAGCACUGGACAACAGUGACUAUGUCUUCAUGAGGUGGAAGGAGCAGUUUCUAGUUCCAGACCACACUAUCAAAGAUAUUAGCGGUGCCUCGUUUGCUGGCUUCUAUUACAUCUGCUUCCAGAAGUCCACAGCCACUAUCGAGGGGUACUAUUACCAUAGGAGCUCAGAAUGGUACCAGUCUCUAAACCUAAACCAUGUUCGAGAGCACAGUAUGCCUAUUUAUGAAUUUCGGUGACAAACGCACAUAUGAGUAUUGAGUCAAGGGAGGGGACGGUCCACGCUGCCCUGUGGUUAAAUGGGACGAGAACGACGGAGAGAGCCCUUUAGUGCCAAGUGUAGAGCUGACCCAUUUCCCUCGCUGAAGGGGAAAUAAACAUGUGGUCAGACACUCAUCUGGAGGACUGACAGAAAGAAGGCACGGAGAGAGAAGAGUUGAAAGGAAGACAAAAGAUCAGCAACAGAUGGACAGUUCUUACAGUUACUGCAGAACUGAUGUUUGCCUCUGAUUUCAUUUUUAAUUUUAUUUUGUCCUUUUUUGGUCUGUUUUUUUUUUUUUUUUUUUAACUGUGCGCUCAUAGGAUCUGUCUCCCUCUAGUUGGACAUCAAAAUAGGUUCCUGUUUUGCUUCAGUGGAGACACUAAACAUAAGCCUUUUAGUUAAGAGCUGCAAAAGGGGGGGAAAAAGGUUUUGUUCAGUAAAGCAUAAUUUAUUUGUCUUAUUUUAAAUAUACAAUAUCUUUGCAGUAUCGCCCUGUAGUGAUUAAUACAGAGUAUGGUGGUGGGAUUAUAUUGCCAAAAGGUUGCAAAAGAAGCAAUGACGAGCAGUGAUCUACUUUUUAUGCAAGGUCUGUAAGAUUGUAAGUUAUGUUGCUCAGGGAUGGUAUGUUUGGGCAAUAUGUAUUUAAUAACUGAAAGCCAACGUCUGAAUGUGGGAAUUGGCUGAGUUAGGAUUACAGCGACGUUGACCUCCUAACAGGUAAUUAAUAACCAAUAAUUUCUAAGCUGCUGCUUUUUCAGAGAAUCCUCUAAACACAGUCUGCAAAUGGCUUCACAUCAAUUUUUCUCUAUGCAAGCCAGAGGUUACUAAUAGGUAGGAUUUCUAACACCAACGACUUAUUUUAUUUUUCAGAUCAUUUCUCUUCCAGAGUGUUUUAUUCAUUUUUUUUUUAAAUCAAGACUGGCCUUGAGUGGAAAUGCAUAAGAAAAAUAAGACUUAGAGGAAAAAUAAGUAGAUUUAUUGAAUUACAAUGACCAGCGUUUGAAGCUCAGAUAUGUGACAGUACAUUCCAACUCAGUUUAAAAAUGUAAAGAUUUUUCAGAAUUCCAGUCCCAUAAUAGGUGUCAACAAACGGUAGACCAGAAGAAUAGAGAUUUCAGGGCACAUGUGGAGUUUGACUGACUGGAAAAGUUAAGAUGUAACACGACAAAAGCAAUGCAGUGAUUUGAAUGUUGACCUUCAAUACAGUCUGUGGAUAAAAUCUUAGUUUUCUUUAGCUUCAGUUUCCUUGUUACAUUCAUCCUGUCCACAUUAUUUAUAUCUUUAGAAUCCGUUAAAUGUGGCUGAAGAGUUUAUUUUGCUGCAUUUUUCUCUUAACCUUUAAAACAAAGGCACAACAGUUGGACGUAACAUAAAAAAGCUUCACAUAACGUGCUUUAUCUACAAUGUAUUACUGUUCUGCGCUCAGUGGAAAAUAUUAUGUGAAAAAGCACCUUUUGUGGCUCAUGGAGACAAGUCUGAAAUGGGAAAGGGUGAUGGAGAAAGAAUAAAACCUCCUUUGGGAAAAACCUGCUGCCUUACAAUUUUAAAUGUUUGUAAAGCUCCCCUUUUUUUAAAAAAAAGACAAAGGAUUAGGUUAGUAAUGUUUUAUUUGAACCAAAUCAUGAAAGUAUAUUUCUGUGUUUGAGAGAAAUUGUGCAAAAAAUGACUGAACUUUCUAUCAACCACAUGAGGAUUCUUAAAGUUUCUCUGGAGAGGGUUCAUAUAAAAGUUAUGUGCUGGAGAGUGCAUGUACCCCGCCUGCCUCUUUGUUGCUUGUAGUCUUUCAGCCGGCUUGUUCGCCUGCAGCAUGACAAGUUGUGGGAAUACUGUUGGCACUAUAAUAUGUUUUUUUAACCCAAGUAAGUGUAUUGGAGAUGUUACAAUCCAAAUGACUUCAAAAUAAUUUGCUUUUUUUAUUUAUCAUAUAACAGAAAACAACCAAAUGUGCAAUGUAAGAAACAGAUGUUUAUGUGAGAGAGUGUCAUUAAGUUGUGACUGAAUACACCGAAUUUAAAAAGGUCAGUUUAAAGAAGAUGUAUGAUAUAUCUGCUAUGAGAGUUUUGUUUUAGGAGAAAUAAAGAGUGAACUAUUUCAUA